ACCCGCUUUUCCGGGUCUGCAGCGGGCUGAUCCCGGCUGUAUCGCCCGGUGUCUUGUCCCCGCCUCUCCCGGGAGCGCCUGCCGAGAGGAGGGCGGGGCGAGGGGGCAGAGUCCUGCCCCCGCCCCCCCGCGGGCAAUCACCUGGGGCCGGUGGUGCAGGUGCCUCGAGGUGACCUUGCGGCGGGCUGGGUAGAGUCCCUGCGCAGGACGCAGGACGCGGGGCGCGAGCUCCGGCCGGUGAUUUCUGCUGGCGGACUCCGGAGGAAGGUACGGCCCAGAGCCCCGCGAGGAGCGCCAGCAACUCAACUUCCAGAGAUAACCCACACCAGCAAAGGAUAGAAAGAGAAUACUGAGAGGUGGCUUGUCUUUGCUUACAUACUUUGGUCACAUGGGCCCACCUAAACUGUAAGGAUCUGGGAACCAAAAUCCUCCAUGGACCAAGAUGCAGAAAAUAGCAGAGCUUACAUAGCAUUUUGGCAUAGCAAAAUGAAACGCAAGGAACCAACAGUGACAUAAUUAAAGGCAGCAAAAUCAAAAUAAAAUAGGAUCACUGGUUAGGAAGACUCUGGAGAGACUCAUCUGGUCAUUCCAUCUAGGCCUCCUCCAAGCAACACACCACUUGGCAGUCGUCAGAUUGGCAGCUAUGCCUCUGUGUCCUUGUACCACAAACCUGUGAUGGAACUUUUUCAGAUAAGGUCAAGUUAAACUAUAGUAUGUGAACGGAAAAUAAAGUGAAGCAGUGUUUUAUCAUGUAUUUUCCAGCAAGUCUUCUUGAAAUGUAAAAAUAUGACAUCUUUUUCUUCAGACAGAUGCUCUUUUCAGAACCAGUUACAUCAAACGAAUCAGCCUCUAGAUGCUACUUUUCUGUUGUUCUUGAUCGUACUUGGGAAAAUAUUACUAAAUAUCCUCACACUAGGAACGAGAAGAAAAAACAGCUAUCAAAAUUUUAUGGAAUGUUUUUGUGUUUCAUUAGCAUUUGUUGAUUUUUUAUUUUUGGUAAGCAUUUCCAUUAUAUCCUAUUUCAGGGAUUUUGUACUUUUAGGUAUUAGGUUUACUAAAUACCAUAUCUGUCUCUUUGCGCAAAUUAUUUCCUUUACUUAUGGCUUUUUGCAUUAUCCAGUCUUAUUAGUAUCUUGUAUAGAUUAUUGCCUGAAUUUCUCUAAACUCACCAAGCUAUCAUCUAAAUGUCAGAAGGCGUUUUAUUUCUUUGCAGUAAUUUUGAUUUGGAUUUCAGUCCUUGCUUAUGUUUUGGGAGAACCAGUUACCUACCAAAGCCUGAAGGCGCAGAGUAUUUCUUACCAAUGUCCUGUCUAUGUCAGCAUUCAGAGUUACUGCCUGUCACUUUCCAUGAUGAUAAUUUUAUUUAUGGCUUUUAUAACCUCUUGGUUAGAAGUUAUUACCUUGGUACAGGCUAUUCAAAUAACUUCCUAUAUGAAUGAGCCUAUCUUGUAUUUUCCUUCCUCAUCCCUCCCUAGUUACACUGUAAACUCUAAAAGAACACUCUUGCCCAAGCUCAUUGUCUGUUUUCUUGGUACCUGGUUACCAUUUGUACUGCUUCAGGUAUUCAUUCUUUUACUUAAAGUACAGAUUCCUGCAUAUAUUGAGUUGAACAUUCCCUGGUUGUACUUUGUCAAUAGUUUUCUCAUUGCCACCAUUUGUUGGUUUAAUUGUCACAAGCUUUAUUUAAAAAAUACCUCAUUACCCAUAGAUCCAUUUGUCAACUGGAAAUGCUGCUUCAUUCCACUUACAAUGCAUAAUUUUGGACAGAUUGAAAAGCCGAUAUCAAUAAUAAUUUGUUAAUAUGUUACCAUCUUAAAACUAAACCCAUUACAAUAAAAUCAUGAUCUUAGAAACAGGAAAGAAUGGUGACUCAGGACAUACCAAAAAGUAGCAUUAAAAAUUGAAGCUCUUUUUCCCCUCUAACCAUUUAUACUUUUCCAGCAUACUUUUGGGCUUAUGAUAUCGUUUAUUAAAUGUUUUCUUUUAAAAGCAAGAAGUUCUUAUGCCUAUUCAGGACUACCAUAUAAAUAAAUUUGUUAUUAAUACAAAAGUGAAAUAAGUCAACAUUUGAUGUUUUUUGUUGCCCAAAAAAACUGGAUACAAAAUGUUAUAUAAAUCUGAGAUUUCACCAACUUUAAAAUAUGAAUUUAAACAUUUUAAUCAUAUUUAAAAAUAAAAACCAUUUUCUUAAAAUGGUGUGGUAUAAACUUUAAGAGGAAGAUUAGCUCAUUUAAAAUUUAGCUGAUUUUCUAAAAUAUGAAAAUAUUUGUGGAAGAAGAGAGUUUCAUUUGCUCACCCUGUGGAAAUGGGAGUAGUGAGUAGGUUAUCUUUCCAUGACAUACUGGAUUUAUUUUUAGUUUCAUGUCACAUAAUUGCUUAUCAAAUCACAACCAUACUAGUACUUUAUCACACUGUAAAAGCAAAACAGUUUCUCAGCUGUGAGACUGAGAUUAGGGGCUGGUUAAUUAUUUGUUGUGGGGGGCUGCUCUGUGCACUGUAGGGUGACUAGCGACAUCCAACAUCCCUGCCUUUUGUCUCGAUGCUAGUAGCACCUCCUUCCCCAGCAAUGACAGUCAAAAUGUCUCCACACAUUAUCAAACCUCACCUGGUGGGUGAGCAUAACUGGCCAAGUUAAGAACCACUGGAGUAAAACAAUGAGUGGCAGAAUGAUCUGAUCAUUUUAUGAAUCAAGCUAUGUAGAUAUUUUGAUCUAGUCACCACUUAACAGAUACUAAAAUAUAUUGUUUAAAUCUAAAACUAGCACUUUCAAAAUGGUGUUUUGUUUUUGUUUUGGGGAUUGAACCCAGGGCCUUCACACUGAGCUGCAUCCCUAGCCCCUUUUUUAUUUUUUGAGACAGGGUCUCACUUGGUUUGGUUGAGCCUUGGUUGGGCUGGAACUUGUGAUCUGACUUAGCUUCCCAAGUAGCUGGGACUACAGGUGUGUGCCACCAUUCCCAUCUCUGGUGCCUUUUAUCUUUAUAGUAAAAUGUUUUUACACUAUGAUGUUAUGCUUAUUUAUGUGUGUAUAUGUCAUAACCUGUCCCUACACGUUAUAUAUAGAUAUAUUCAUAAUGUCAUUUGUGACCCACAAAAAUUGAGUUCAUGAUCCACAAAUAAAUUAAUUUCCAUUAUUUUGUAAAUGUCGUAAAGCAAGUGCUAUGGAGCACAAAGAAUAGCAAAGACAUGGGAAGGUAUUUGUAGGCACUGUUGUAUGUAUUUUAUAUAGUUACUGAUUUAAUCCUUAUAACUCUCAUGUAUACUAUUAUCACCUUCCUCUUACAGAUAAAGAAAUUAAAGCUUCAAAGUUAAGAAACUCACUAAAAGUCUACAUAGCUAGUCACUGAGGGUUGAGAAAGGGUGAGAUUCAAACUCAGAAGUCUGGCUCCAGAGUUCAUGCUCUACCACUGUGAUACACUACUCUUCAUUAAUCCCAUUCAUUGUUUUUUGAAAGAACAGUUUGUUUCAGUCAAAUGUGAAAAAUGUUUCCUAUUUUUCACCUAAAAAUGCACAACCCCCAUGAACAUUUUAAGGAUUUGUGAUCCCAUAGAGAAGAAAACCAUUUGCUUGUGCACACAGUCUCUUUAGUUAGCACUAGCCACCUAGGACAAAUCAAAAAAUGUUGCUGGGUAAUUAAGAAUUCUUUGAGUUGUAAGUGUAGGUUGAGCAGCAUCUCUAAUCAAAAAUGCUCUGAAAUCUGAAAUUUAAAAAAAAUUUUUUUUUUGGUACCGGAGAUCGAACUCGGGUCCUUGUGCUUGAGAGGCAGGCGGUGGAACCACUGAGUUAAAUCCCAGGCCCUUGAAAUUUUUAAAAUGUUGACACUAAAAAGUUUUGAAUUUUGGAGGUUUUUGGAUAGGAGGUCCUCAGUUGGUAAAGUUUAUGCAGAUACUCAACUCUGGAAAACUUGAGAUCUGAAAAUUUAUGGUAUUAAGCACUUCAGGUAAGUGCUGACACAAUGUGGUAAAACAGAGUUCUAGAAAAACCUCGAGGAUGUCAGCUUUUGUUUGCCCACGUGGUGGGCCUUCUGGCUGCCCAGGGCCCAGCAUUUUUAUUCCAGUUCACAGCACCUCUUAGCUUUAGAUACAAAGUCCCAGGAAAUGACCGGUGUGACAAAUGGUGGCCACAGCAGGUUCUGAUAAAAGAAGACACUCCAAGGGAGAGAGGCAUCCACUAUACUGCAUAGUAACAUACUAAAAAACAGAGAAAAUAGGAAUAGAAAUCACACUGCUUUAUAAAAUAAGCAAACAGCUGUGUCCAAAGUUCAGUAGAAGUAAACCUGUAGUCAACUGAACAACAGGGUGUGUUUAAACCUUUUGAAGGUCUACACCUGGCCCCCUUUAUUUCACUCUUUACUCUGAAUGCCUUAUCUUCCAACUGGCCAUACUGUGAAAAUGGAAUAUUUUAAAAUAUAGUGAACUUGAUUAGUAGCAACUUUAACACUUUGUGGAUUUUAAGUCAGGAUAAUUUAUAACUUUCAAAUCCCUCAUUAAGCUUUUUGUUUACUUAAAUUUCUGCGCAUCUCAUAAACCUAAAAGGAAAAAAAAUUCAACAGACCAGCCAAAUGGAAGAGGCUUUUAUUUGUAAAGAACUUACAUCUAGUCUACAAUAUAUUAUUGUAUAUAAACAAUAUAAAUAAAUGAUCCUGUAGGCCCACUCGUCUUCCAUCCAGACCCAUGUGAAGCAAUGUUACAACAAUAUUCUGUGUGAAAAUGUGCAGGUAACAAAGGUGCAAUUACAAGCAAGUUUAAGCAGCAGAGCAUAAGGUGCUUUCAAUUAAUGUUGCCAUCAACAAACAUUUGAAUGCUGUUUUACUUCACUGAAUAGACACAACGAAUAGGAAAAUCUAAAAUUCAUAACCAUGCUAUUUGUUAAUAUGAAAGUGCUUUCUCUUUUUUAAAAAAAUACACCAAAUGAACACUUUUUACAUAAAUCAUGGUGUGCUCUUAUAAUGCAAAAUUAACUUCAUUUUCAGGCUAUACAUUUAAAAACUUUAGCCACAGAGACUAGUCUAGGAAUUCUAAUUCUAAGAGUGCAAAAACUAUUUCAUUUCCUGUAAGGAGGACUCUAAUACAAUAGCCAAUGUAAAGAAUACACUCUAUAUAAUCUCAACAUUUUGGUUCCUGUAAAGAUAAAGUUCUUUCCCUUGGUGAUUCUUUGUUCAUCCUGGGUGGAUCAUUUUUUGAGGUUUAAUAAUAUGAAAGUCUUUCUUAUUUAUUUAUUGGUUGACAGUCAAGAUCUCACCAUGUAAUUUAGACUAGCCUUGAACUCACUAUGUAGCUGAAGCUGGCCUUGAACGCAUGGUGAUCCUCCCGCCUCAGCCUCUCAAAUGCUGGGAUUGAAAGUUCUAUUUUAGAACAAUGGGAGGAAACAAAAGGAAGAAUGAAAAAAAUUGAUGUGCUUGAAUCAUCAAAAAUUUGAAAAAGCUUACCACAACAAUUUGCCUUUGUUAACAACUACAGAAGUUUUUAAAGCAAAAAGAAAAUUUCUAAUUUAAGGCUUAAAUACAAGGUGUGAUUGAAAUAUAUGGUGAAUAUUUAAAUUUUGAAAUAUUUAUUAUAGUAAAUAUCCUUGCCAUUAAUCCCCCUCAAACUACUCCCCUUUGCUUCAAACCCACUUACCCCAGCAUUCUUGCUACUUUCUGAAGCAGUUUAGGAAGUUCUCUUUUGUGUCUUAUGAGGUGUUAUUAAAAAUAAGGUGAAUGAUGCCACUGAGUGCUAUCCAACAGUGUCAGGCUGGUAAAAACAUUGUGGUAUGUCCUCAUUCACCAGAUUUGGCAUCAUGCAACUUAAUGGCUGUUUCCCAAAGUCAAAAUGAACAUGAGAAGUAAACAUUUUUAAUUGAGUCAGAGGCAGCCAUAACAAUGCAACUAAAAACACUCAUGACAGGACUUCCAAACUGCUUCAGAAAGUGGCAAGAAUGAUGGGAUAAGUAUGUUUGAAGUGAGGAGUAUUCUGAGGGGGAUUAAUGGCAAUGUGUCUUUAACAAAUUUAAAAGAAAAAAUUCACUAAUUUUUUAUCAUGCCGCAAUUCACUACUGUCAAUAUCUGUCCCUGUACACUGCUGUCCACAAUAGCCAAUCUUCACUACAGGCAUAAUCCUUACCUUGAGGAUAGGUUUUGGAACUCACUCUUUUUCCUCUUAUGGAAAAAACAAGACAAAUCAUUUAAAUGAAGCGACUAGGAAUCUAGUCAAACAACCUGGAAAUUAUAUGUCCAAAAUUACCACCUUUGUACUCAACUGACUUCAAAAUUUAAGAACACAUAUACAAAAAAUAUGCAAUAGAUAUUUUAACAGCAUAAUAUGCAAUAGAUAUUUUAACAGCAUAAUUUGAAUAAAAUAUGUGAAAAAACAAGUAUAACUUAAUUAAAACAUUAAAAAUAAUUUUUAACCAGUACCACAGAACAAUUUAUAAAACCUAGGUUGUCUGGCAAUUUAGAUGUCAGUGUUCCUGUUUCAAUUGGUUUGAAAGAGUCUAGAUUCUAAUCCCACUUAUUUGGAUAUUUUCCUGCUUCAACUGCAACUAUGAAUGUAAAAGUUUUUAAAUAUAUUUUCAUGAAUGUUAGUAUCAACCGAUAUUAAUAUUUAAAGCUAGAAAUUACAAUGUGGUUUUGAAUCCUAGAGUGACAAAGGAAUUUUACCCCAUUAAUAACUGAUUCUCCCUUUCAAUGUUUACUCUCUGAAUACUUGUGAAUUCAAGCAAUGGUUUUAACAGUUCUGCAUUUUAAAGGGCACCCUUGUAUUAUGCAAUACGUACUAUAAUUGAUUCUUACAUAGCUUUAAAAGGUGGUGAUCUUAAAAUAUAAAAUUUUUGUGUAAUCACACAAAAGGCCUGUUCUAGUGAUUUCCUUUGAGAUUUUUCAGUUUUCAAAAAUUGCCUACACUUAUGCUCGCUUUGGCAGUAUACAUUCUAAAAACUGCUACACUGCCAAUAAUGGUUAAAGCUUUUGCAGUUAAAAAUGUACAAUAAAUCAAUGUCAACUUUUUUUGUCCUGUCACACACCCUGCAUAUCAACAACGCUGAAACAUACUCAAGGGUCAAAAUAAUGCUAUGAAAUAUUGGCUCUCUCAAGAGUUUCAAAAUGUAAGUUAUUAAUGUUAAGUGAUCUUAAUUUUGUAAUCUAUCAAGAAUAUGGUCUAUUGAUGUGUAGUAUAUGAAAUGUGUUACAGGAAUUAGGGUGUGAUUCAGACCCUUUGACUGUCAUCUGGUCUAAUUCUUUACCUAAUGCAAUAAAACAUUCCUUCUCAGUUCCAAA